AAAAAAAAAAAAAAAAAAAAUUGGCCCGGAGUACGGACGGGCUUGCGACUCCAUCCUUCUUCCCGGAGCCCCUCACGGUGAUGGUCCGCAGGAUUGCGAGCGAUUCCGACUUGUUCCUUUGCAUCAGCAGCUUUUCGGCCUCGAUCUGGACAGUGUAGAGGCGGGGAGCUCGUGCUUGGUGCGUCUAUCUGCAGCCCAAAGGGCAUCUCAUCGCCACCCGUCCUUCUCCCUAUCUCUCCUGUCCUCUCGACGCCGUCGACAGCGGCAUACAGCUGGCAGGCAGCCAUUUUGAGCCGCCUGAUAAUACAGCACGAGCAAUUGACACCUUAAUCCGGCGGAUUAUUGCAGGGAACCCCUCACCCAAGACGGCCGCGCUCCCCCCUCGCUAUCUCCCUCAACUCUUUCGAGCCGAUAGGCAUCUCCGUUGCCUCGCUGCUUAAAGAGCCCAUUGGGCGAGUGGCCGUCCACUACACCAUACGAAACACAGUUUCAGCGCCCAACGAUGCGUCUUCCCGCGUCGCGGCCAUUCAUCCGGCCGCCCACGUGCGCAUCUCGCUUCGUCCUCACGCCACAGCGCCGGUGGAGAUCAGAAGAGUCGCCGCAGUACAGUCUGAACAACUACCUCGUCACGCCGCACGAGCUCGACCUCGCCCUCAAGAAGAAUGUGCACUCCAAGCUCUCCACCGCGCCGAGAAUCAUCCCGCUGUGUGCGUCGUGGUACAUGCCCAACGACCCGAAGAAGAGGACGGGACUUCAAGCAUUCAAAGAGAGCCGCAUUCCCCGCGCGCGAUUCUUCGACUUGGACGCCAUCAAGGAUGACCAGAGUCCGUAUCCGCACAUGUUGCCUACGCCGGAGCGAUUCGCCGAAGCGAUGGGAGAGCUGGGCAUCCGACGCGACGACAGUGUAGUCGUGUACGACUCUUCUGAUCUGGGCAUCUUCUCUGCGCCACGCGUCGCCUGGACGCUGAGGGUUUUUGGACACCCCGCCGUGCAUAUCCUGAAUAACUACAAACUUUGGGUCGAUCAGGGAUAUCCGACCGAAAGCGGCGAGCCCCAGCCCGUGGAAGCAGUCACGUACCCCGUGCCCACGCUGGACAGCAGCAAAGUCAUGACCUUUGAGGAGCUCAAGGCUAAACUGGAGAAGCGCGACGAUCCAGAUGCCGAGCCCCUGCAGAUCUUGGACGCAAGAAGCGAGGGAAGGUGGAAGGGCAAGGAACCAGAGCCAAGACCGGGUAUACCAUCUCUACAGUGUCGCGAGAAGCCAGACCAUGCUGCUGACCUUCACUUAGGCCUUCCGUCCGGCCACAUGCCGAAUAGCAUCAACAUACCGUUCUCAGACCUAAUAUCGGCUCGCACAAAGGCCUUCCUUCCGGCCGAUGAGCUACGCAUGUACUUUGAGCUCAAGAACGUAGAUCCCAAGAAACCCAUCGUCAGCUCAUGCGGGACUGGUGUCACGGCCGCCGUCAUCGACGCUGCCCUCACGGAAGCGGGCUACCCCGAAGAAGGAAGGCGGCUCUACGACGGCAGCUGGACGGAGUAUGCGCAACGGGUGAAGCCGGAAGAGAAGCUCAUCUUCAAGACUGGACCGAUCAAGAAGGAGGAGGCGAAUGGGAAGAAGUAAUCGUAAUUUGAGUGGAAAAAGAUCGACACGAUGCGUGGAACCUCCUGAUCUUUCUCUGCUGCGGAACAUGAUACCCAAUGCUAUUGACUCUUUUUUUUUCCCCUAGCUUCCUUUUGGGUACCGAUCUCUGACCUUUCCUGCAAGCAAGGUAAAUUCUUUUUAUUUGGCAUGGCUUAAGGAACAUCCCGCGCAUGCAGCAUGUAUGAAUAUUGUCUGCUCACAGCAGGGCGCCUAGGGUAGCGCGAAUGACACAACUCUACUCUCUACCUGUGACCGACUGCUCCAUUCCGCUUUUAAGCGGAGGAAAAACUUGCAUUAUUUUCUUUUCAAGCACGUCAUUCUGAAAUGAUAAGUUUUUCCAAGACCCACGAACAGGUUCAAUGACACUCGCGUCAUCAAGUUUGAUCAUUUUUGGUUUUCAUCCUGAAAAGUGUGUGCAGGUAUCAGUCCACAUCAUCCGCUCGUGGUUCUGUACUUUGCAAGAUGAUGACCGUAUCGGACAGAUUGCUUUGGAACGUUCUAAACACGUCCCGGGAGAUCAGGGCAUUCAGCCUUUUAUUCCCUGCGAAGUCGAGUCCAACGAAGUCGUUCGCACUCCGACUUUGGAACUGGGUGAAUCGAUCAGGACAGCACCGUGCAAUAUCGAACAACUUGAAAGCCCAAGGCCGCCCAGUUCUUGGAGAAAGGAUGUGUGUGUGUGUGAGAGAGAGAGAGAGAGAGUCAAAUACGAGGUGACUGCAUGUAGAAUUGGCAAAAGGGAGCCUGCGACGUGCGGAAGCUGCACAGGCAGCUGCAAAAGCCAGCCCCGUUCAUCAGCAACUUAGAUACGCGUAUCGGCAACUUCGACGGGCCGUCUGAAUGGAGAACGCAGAACGCCGGAUAGGAGGCGUGAGAUCCAAUGUUCGUGUUGCUCGCCAGCACGUUACCGUUACGCCUUUCUUCAACAGCGGAAAGCUGAUUGAACUGUUGCAGCUGAGUUGAUCCGCUUUUAUACAUGGUAAUUAGGACCGAUGGAAAGCUUAGAUUGGACUAUUCAUUCAUGGCCAUGUUUCUCGAUCAGGCGAAGAGUGAGCUUUCUAUAAAUUGGCACAGGGGGCGGCGACGCGGACGUAC